AUGGAAAACAAAUCUGAUCUGAAGGCUAUCAUGGCUUGUUUUCAGGCCAAUGGAUCAAGCAUGGAAAACUCAACUUCCACAGGUCGUCCCAAAGCCACGUUGCCAGGGCAGGCACUGCACACAAAGAGGCCUGUGCCGGAAAGAGAUCCUAAACCAACCUUACCUAAACCUGUGAACGCCCCCAAACCACCUUGGGUCAAAAUGGACACAUCUUCUACACAGCCCCCCACCCGCACGGUGCCCCCUGCACUGCUCAAACCAAACAACAAUUUGUUCAAACUUCAAGAGCAAAUGGAUUCAAAUGCCUUGAACAUAGACUCUGUAAACAAGCCCGCACCUCCUACAGUCCCAGCUGACAUGUCAACAUCGAAGAUUAGUGCUGCACAAACUCUCUUCAACAAAGAACCAGCCGAACAGGACAACAAGAUGAAGAUGAAGCCAAGUGCAGUCAGCCCACCUCUGCAGCCCUCACACUCUGUUCCCCCUCCCAAACCUCUCGCCAGUAAGAAACCAAGUCUGAAGAAGCCAUCCGCGAUGAUGAAAGACCCCUCAGCACCAAAGAGGAACCCGCUCCUCAACAGCUUAGCCCUGGGCCCAGCUCCAGCCAAACCGAACCGGCCGCCACACGUUGACCUUCAAGUCUAUAAGAGAAAACUCCUUUCACCAGCCACUGAUCCAGAGAAGAGUAUAGCCUCACCUCCACCCUCUAGUAACCAUAGCAACCAUGUCACCCUUGCACCCCCUCCUGUUCCGAGUUUGCCCCCACGACACCCUGGAGCCAGAAAUGAAAAUGAAGAGCUUUAUGACGAUGUUGAUGGACUGAGCAGCGCACCUCCACCUCUGCCCCCAGUUCAUCCAAACCAGGUGUCAAAGGAGAAAGAUAAUGAUGACGAGGAUGGUGAAAUGUAUGAAUACCUGGAUGAGAGAUGGGAAGCUGCUGAACCACAACAAGAAACAAGGAAAGUAAAAGACGACAAGGAAGGAAAAAAACAAGUAGAAGCUGGAAAAAAGGAACAGAAAGACAGAGAGAAGAAAGAACAAGAAGCCAGGAAAAAGUUUAAAUUGGUGGGUUCUCUGGAUGUUCUUCAAAAGGGAAAGGCUGUUGUGGACAUUAAAGGCAGUAAGACCGACCUGAGCCUGAAGCAGGGAGACUCACUGGACAUCAUCCGCAUCCACGGAAACCCGGAGGGAAAGUGGUUGGGCCGAUCUCAAGAUGGUUCAAUUGGUUAUGUGAAGAUAACAUCUGUGAAAAUUGACAUUAACGUUUUAAAGCAACAAGCAGCUGAGCAGGCCUACGAACCUGACAUCUACGACGAUAUUGAAAUGGCUGCUCCUGAAACGAGUACAACAAAAGAGCCAGAGUGUAAGCUAUAA